UGUACUACUUUCCGCUGUUAAAAAGUUUUUCAGUUGGCCAAAUAACGUCCCAGGUGUGUUAAUAUCUUCGCUUUAUUGCGCGCCCACCUAACUCAGCUGCUUCAGAGAAGUUUACCUUCAGUGACAGGCUGAUUCUCGAACACAGUUGGCGAAGGUGUUGGACCUGGAGAAGACUGGUUGAAGGAGUUCGUAGACCCCUCAGGAUGCCGUGGAUCUGGACUUGGCUCUUGUGCAGGUUGUUCAGAUCCACCCACAACUCCUCAGUCCGUCUGUCUGUUGGACCAAAAAACUGCGAUGUGUAGUAGCGAUCGGAUUCAUCCUUAGAGAAACAGAGCACUCAGAACAUUUUGCCCUGACAUGAUGGAUUGCCCUUGGUGAAUCAGAAAUGAUCAUGAUCGUUGCCAGAUUAGGACAGUGGUUCCCAACCUUGGGUUCAGCACCCUACGAGGAGUCACUGGGUCAGUCUAAGAAGUGGUAAGGAUUACUGCCACCGUGCCUAAAUAAUAAUACAGGACAGAUGUGGCGUUUUGAGUCUGCAGGCAGGCCUAUUACCAUUGUUGGAAGCUGACAAGCCAUUACGUGUAGUGGUUUCCCGGUGAAUGUUUGGGCUGGGCUCACUGUGUACUCAUCCCAUCCAAGAUGAAUCACAUUCAAGACCUUUGUUAAAAAAGUGACCUCAAGCACCCCGAGCGGUAAUCCCGUGAGACGCUGGUCAUUUGAAAGUGAAUGUCGGAGGAGCACAGAGAGCUUUUGUGAGCAGCAACACAAUGGAGCUCUUAAAGCUGCCAGAGGGGAGAAGUGGAGACGGGGGAGAAGUUGUUUACCCUCUUUACCUGUGACGGUAUAAAACGCCUCCUCAAGUUGUCAAACUGUUCGUCGUAGAGUCAAUCGUGCUGGAAGCUUGUUGGAGAGCCAUGACGAUCCUCUGACAUCACACUAUUUAAAGGUGUUUUUUCCCCACAGCGUCCAGUAUGGCUUCUGUCGGUGCGUUAUUAAUGCUUCUGCCUGUUGCGUGGACAUGCUCUCCUCAAAAAGCAGACUACGUCAUGGUGUCAUGUUUCCCCAACGCCAUCAUCGCCAACGUGCCAGAGUGUCCGUACGGCUGGGAGAUCGAGCAGCUGUCCCUGGGUGGCAUCUGUUACUCCGGGCUGCACAGCCCCGGCUAUUACCGCUUCACCAUCCCAGACCUGACGCCCAAAAACCACUCGUACUGCGGCACGCAGUCUGAGUACAUACCCGGCAAAGACCCCAAGUACGUCUUCUACAACUCCAUCGUGUCCAACGACACGUCGCUCACCGUCAGAAACCAGCCGGUCAACUACACCUUCAGCUGCAUGUACCGAGCAGCCUACCUGGUAAACAACGCAGUGUUCAGCCAGAGAGUGGCUACAGUUUUUGUCAACAACGGGAGUUUAGGCACUUUUAGAUCACAGUUGUCUAUGAACGUGUUCACGAAUUCAAAGUUCCUGUAUGCCAAAGACGCUCCGUAUGUGAUCGACACGUCUGAGAUCGGCUCUGAAGUCUUCAUCGGCAUCGAAGCAAAAGGACUCAGUAACAGAUUCAAAGUUGUAAUAAACAACUGCUGGGCCACUCCCACUCCGUACUCGACGGACAAGAAGAGGUGGAGUCUCAUCAUCAACAGCUGCUCCUCUGACAACACUGUGACUAUUUUUGAGAACGCCAAAGACAGCCGCUCCAUGUUCAAAUUCAACUCCUUCCGCUUCCAGCGGCUGGAGAAGGUUUCCACUGUGUGGCUUCACUGUGAGGUCCAGGUCUGCGAUGGAGAGAGGCUCGUCUGCCAGCCGGGUCCCUGCACCUUCAGAAGCCUGUCAGCAGAGCCAGAACCAAGUGGGGGGAUUCUUACUGCUGAGUUUCACAUUAAAGGUAUUAAUUCCUCCAAUAAUGGACACAUAAAAGGCACGUCACUAUUCAUCCUGCUGGUGGUCCUCAUAAACACAUGCUGUGAUUUAGUAAACGGAUCAAGAAUGUAGUAAAAACAUACACUCACGUCACCCUCACACCCUAAUGAACAGAUCCUCUCAUUAUCUCACAGAUAUUAUAUGUAAUUAGCACAUUUAUUGAGGCUUUAAAAAAUCUUUGAAAUGGUCACAUACAUUACUUCACUGUUGUCUCCAAUAAAGAUUAAUUGACAUUUUUAAAGAAAAGGUCCUUUUCU